UCUCGCCAUGUUGUGUUACGUUAUAGUUGGUUCUAAAGUUUCUUAACAUUUUCGGUAUGGUUUCUACACUUUCUAGAAUAAAUUACAUUAUGGGUUAAAAUGACUACUUCUUUUGAUUUUAAAAAUGGAGCGAGCCUUGAAAAUUGUCAUACUAAUUUCUUUGCAUUGGCUGAUCUUAAUGGUAUCAAAUGGAGAAAAUUUUCUGCAGAUAUUGUUUCUGUUGAUGUAUUGGAAGAUCCUGUUUUACUGUCAUAUAGCAAAUGCGUUGCAGCUGGCAUACUUGCAGUCUGGAGGCGAAUUAUCGCACAAAAACAUAUUAUUCAUCAAACACCCCAAGAAAUCAGUAGCUUGUGCUGUAAUAAAGAACUUUGGGUAUUCUGGUAUGAAGAAGAACCUGAUCUUUCUGGUCUUAUUUCAUCUAAUUUAAUAGAAAUUGAACAAGGAUCAUGGGAAAGUGGUUUGUCUUACGAAUGUCGUACAUUGCUUUUCAAGGCUCUGCACAAUCUGAUUGAAAGGUGUUUACUUUCCCAGGGAUAUACACGAUUAGGAAAAUUUUUCAUUGAACCUCAAAAUCUUAUUUGCAGCAAAAAAAAAAAUCAAAUAGCUUUUGGUUUUCAUUUCUUCUUGCAUGGGGAAAGUACUGUUUGUGCUAGUAUUGAUGCAAGAUUGACAUCAUCCAUUUAUUCCUUGAGUAAGUGCCAUAUAACUGCAGCACAGACACAGCAUAAAGGUGUUAAAGUAAUUUUAAGUCCGUAUGGUAUGGAAGGUAAACUGACUGGUGUUGGUUACAAGUACAGUGAUACAAACAUGACGAAUCUUCUUAAUAGUUGGCAUCAGUUUUAUCCUUAUCCAGUUAGAAAAGAUAAAAUGAAGAUGGAUAAUGAUCUUCCCAAUGUAGUGGAAGUUAUAACUGCUGGCACUCGCAUGAAAUAUCCUACUGCUUAUGUGUUUGUCACAGAUGAAGAUCAUUCUGAAACCAUUCAGAACUCAGCUGGACCUACUGUAUCAACAAGAGUGCAGCCAUUAAAACUAAACCACAUACCUGCAACUGGUUUACUGACUCCUCCAAUGUCUCCCAGUGAAAAUCUUUCUUUUAAUGAAAAUUCUAAACUCAGCAAAGACAUCCUAGACAGUAUAGCCAAUACUGAAAAUGAAGAAAAAAUGAAGCGGAAACAUGCGUAUAAUACACCUGAAUGCAUAAAACAUUCAAUUUGUCAAGAAUGUUACCUGCCUAUUGUUACUGAAAAAGCUGAAGAAAAUUCUGUUCUGUGGGAUUUUCAUGAUCAGUUUAUUGCUGCUAAGUGUAUGUGUUCAAGGAAACAUUUUAAAAGAAAAAAAUUUCGAGAUUCUUCAAGAAUGGAUGAAGCGGAUGCUUCAGAAUCUUCACAUCAUGGUCUUGCUAGCAGUACAAACAUAAAGAACUUAAAGCGUGAUAAAGCACAUUCUAGUUUUUAUGGUGUUCCUUUUCAUAGGCAGAAGGACUUAUCACAAUAUACUGAAGAUAAUUUUCAAAGUGAAUGCAAUUCGAUUCUUAAAAAUGCUUCUGUAAAAUCAGUUAUUAAAGAUUUCAAAUCUUGCUCUUCUGAUUCUAAUAUGACGAUGAUACCCCAGCUUCAGUGCAAAAGUGAAUCUCAGCAAGUAGCUUUUAUGGAGAUGCAGUAUUCUCAGUUAUCCUCUUUUGAUCCUGCAAUGCCAACUUUAUCACCACAACCUCCUGUAGUAAAAGAGGAAGGUCAUUCUUUGGACACACAUUGUCAGAUGAAUGUUUCUAGUCCAGUGGUAAAUUCACCUCAUUGUGUUACACUGAAAGGCAAAUUAUGUGAUGAGAUUUUAUCGCCGUUUCAUAAAUCUCUAUUAAAUACGUUUGAAAAUGCUAAAAGUGUCAAAAAGACAUCUGUAUCAUUGAAUUCUGAAAGUGACCUUGCUGGAAAUGUAGACAGUAUGAUAUGUGAUACUAGUGUGCCUGAUAUUAAAGCUUUUGAAAAACCUCAGCUCCCAAAGCAAAGCCGUGAAGAUGAUAAUGUCCAGUUAGCUAUGUCUGGCCUACUGUAUGAUUACAGACAUUUUAGUUCAACUCUCUGGGAUCCUCCUCCCUAUAAGAAAUAUUGCAGUCCUGCAUCAUUUACACCUGAUGUUUAUGAUGAAGGAUCUGAUGAUUCUGGUUCGGAAUUUGCUAGAAAUACUUAUGAACUUACCCAUAAAGUGCCUUCUGUGCCUAAAGAUCCAUAUGAGUUCACUGAGUUUGAUGAAGCUGUUCCAUCUGAAAGAGCGUUUCGACAAAAGGAAUUGUUCCCGAAGGAGGAUGACAAGCAUCUAACAUCUCAUAUGCCUUCCCCAUUAAAUGUGCCAUCUCCCACUGUAUCAGUGGCUCCUGCUCAACCUCAAGAAGCCUUAAUUUCACAAAAUGAUGAACAUGCUAAAACACCAUCACCGCCAGGAAAUAAAAUAUUCUGUUCAAAGUUUAUUCGUGAAGAGGAUCUUGCAGUGUCUUUUCAUGAUUUAGAUAAUAUUUUUGAUACUUCAUCUGAGGAAGAAGAUAAUGUGGAAAUCCCUGUCACAACAUCAAAACUUUCAACCAUUGAUGAGUUGUCAGGAAAACUAGAACUUUCUAGAAUGUAUCCUACUCCUCCGUCAUUAGAGCAAAAUGCAGUGCCUUCACCAUUUGGCAUAUUCACUGGAGCAGAUAAUACUUCUGUAGAGAAUGAUGUUGUAAAAGAGGACGAACCUGUAAAUAAUUUAAGCUUUCUAAAGGAGGAUGUUUGUGUGUGGAAACCUCCCACUAUAAGUAUGUUUGUAGAAUCACCCAAAUAUGCUCCUUUAAACAAGCUUUCAUUUCGCAAUUGCACCUCAUCAUUAGAAUUAAUAUAUCAGUCAUCUUCAGUUUCAAGCAGUAGGAUAAAUCAUAAGAUAUGUGAAGAUCCUGUACUGUAUGAAAAACAAAUCUUCAGCCAGUCAUCACAAUAUGCCAUUUUUGAUGAUGAACAGUUGUGCCAUAAUUUUUAUCCUGCUAGUUGUGAAGCUGUGUCACCUGCUUCAAGUCAUCCUUCAUAUCCAAACAGUUUCAGUUUUGAUGCCAGUGUUUCUGAACUUUCUUUAGAAGUUGACUCAUUAAUUGUAAAUCUUCUGCUUUCUGAUUCAAUGCUCAAUCUUUUCAAAGAUCACAAUUUUGCUUGCUGCUGUAUAUGUGUGUGCAAUAUGAACAUUAAAGGUGCAGAUGCUAAUGUAAUUCUUCCUAACACUUUGAUUCCAACAGGAAAUGAUGAACCUCAAUAUAAAUGUACUUGUGGUUUUAGUGCGGUAGUGCACCGCCAUCGAAGUUUUAAAGCAGGCCUUUUUUAUGAAGAUGAAUUUGAAAUUUCAGGGUAUAACUGUGAUAAUUCUGCUAAUUUAAGCCAGCCAACAGGAGAGCUCAUAAUCAAAAGACAGACAAAUGAUUCUGACAAGGGGCCAUUACUCAAUUCUGACCAUAUACCCGCUUUUCUUCUUGAUAUGUUAAAAAUUCAGUGUAAAAAUAUCAGUUCUGCAUUUAGUUUAUUUUACAAAUCAGGCAUAUUAUGCACAGGAGAAUCGGAAUCCACUGUAAAUGAGAUAGAAAUAUUUGAUGGAUGUGAAGUGUGCUUCAUAGCCUUGGAACAAGCAAGAAAUAUUACUGAUAAUUCAAUGCCUACUAAAUUAGAUGAAAGUCUGAAAUUCACAUGCCUUCACAAGUGGCCUUAUAUAUCUAGUCCAUUGCCAUCUACAAAUCAAGAUCUUAUGUUGCAUUUAGACUCCUUAAAGCCUUUGUUGCAGGUUGCUAUACAUAGGAAAAAUCCUCAGCGUCUUUGGGAUAUUACAUAUGUAGUUACUGGUCCACUUACAUGGCGAGAAUUUCAUAGAUUAGCUGCCAGAGGCUCAGAAGAUCAAUGUGAACCUCUGCCUAUACCUUCAGUACUUAUGGGUCAUGACUCAGAUUAUAUAACCCUUUCUCCAUUUGCUUUACGAUAUUGGGAUAAACUUCUUCUUGAGCCAUAUGCAUUACCUAGAGAUGUAGCUUAUAUUGUUGUUGCUCCUGAAAAUGAUGUUGUACUUUCACAUAUAAAAACGUUUUUCCGAGAAUUGAGUAGCACAUACGAAUUACACAAUUUGGGAAAACAUUGUCCAAUAACUAAAGUUUUACGGGAUGGAAUUAUGAGAGUUGGCAAAACAGCUGCAUCCAAAGUUGCUGAUGAGCCUCUUAGUGAAUGGUUUAAUUCUAUUGGAGACAGUCCCAUAGCUAAUAAAUUAAAACUUUAUGCUCGUGUUUGCAAGCAUAGAUUAGCGCCUCAUCUGAGCACAUUAUCAUUGGACAGGAGUAUUUUUGAGUCUACAGCAAGUUCUAAAUCUUCUGAAAGACCUAGUGGAAAUUUAUCAUCUGUGCAAUUAAGUGGAGAUAAUGAAAUACCUGCCACUCCAAAACAAUCUGAAAAUG